AUGACCACUGCUUAUGAUCUCCGGCGUGACUACAAUGCACUGAUACCCAGUAACCAGGAGGAUCUGCUGUUCUUUGAAAAAACAUCUUCUAGCGCAAGCACACCGGUUGUUACCGAAGUGAUGUGCUUUGACACUGCAGAGUUGAAGAGGAAAAUGCUCGACACGAUGCCAGUCUAG